AUGUAUCGGAGUACGCUCCUCUUCCUGUUCAUAGCCUUGGUGAAUGCCUUUGCCAACCCCGGUCCUUGUACUGGCGACUGCUGGACGCAUGAUCCCGGUCUCUACCAGAGAAAGUCCGACGGCAGAUACUUCCGCUUUGCUACCGGCGGUGGUAUUCACAUCUCGUCAGCUCCUGCGAUUGUAGGGCCCUGGGAGGACAACGGUUUCGCUCUUCCGAACGGUUCGAAGAUCAACCAUGCCGGCAACGACAACCUCUGGGCCCCUGAUGUGCACUAUCAGGAAAACACCAAGAAGUACUACAUGUACUACUCCGUGUCCGUGCUGGGCAAGAAAGACUCGGUGAUUGGCGUGGCCAGCUCCGACACCAUGGAGGUGGGCUCCUGGACGGACCACGGCUCCAUUGGCCUCAACACCAGCAACAACCCCCCCUACAACACCAUCGACGCCAACUGGAUCCGCAUCGACGGCGCCCCGGCCCUCAACUUCGGCUCGUACUGGCAGGGUAUCUUCCAGGUGCCGCUGAAGAACCCCUUCGAACUCGCCGAGAUUGCGCCGCACCAGAUCGCCUGGAACGCCAGCCUCAAUCACCGCAUCGAGGCCGCCUUCGAAUUCAAGCACGGCAACUACUACUACCUGACCUUCUCCUCUGGCCUCGGCGGCAACUACGACGUGAACUUGCCCGCGCAAGGCGAGGAGUAUAGCAUUCACGUGUGCCGCUCGGAGGGUGGCCGAAACAACUUUGUCGACAAGUCGGGUCGCUCGUGCCGCGAGAGCGGCGGCACCACAUUGUUGGCGAGCCACGGGAAUGUGUACGCCCCGGGCGGACAGGGCAUCGUCGAGGACAAGAACCUCGGUCAGGUCCUGUACUACCACUACGCCGACAAGACCAAGGGCCUGGCCAAGACGGACUACCAGUUCGGCUGGAACCGCCUCAACUGGGUGGACGGCUGGCCUUCUGUAUAG